AUGGCCCAAGUCGCCCGCCGCUUUCUACCAGUGCAAAAAGCGUGCCCCCCAACCACGCCCCAGCUCAUGUGCCACGAUACCUCCAGCAGUCUUUUCCCACUCGGUUCGGCUUCUGUCCAGGACCGACAGUCACUGCCACUGACCGGUACAACUCAUGAGUGGAACAUGUUUGACUUCGAGAUCAAUCAUGUCUAUGGACCCACUCCGCCUGAAAUGACGAAAGAUGUCGAACCCCCAGUGACAACAGAUAUACCAGCUGCCUGUGAUAUUCUGUUGGAUCGUUGA